CCAAUUCGCAUGAUACAUUUAAAAACAUCGAUACACCCGCCAACAUGACAGAAGUGGUACAAAGUGGCCCUACAAGCUUACGGAUACUGUCGUUAAAUUGCUGGGGUCUCAAGUUCAUCUCGAAACUUCGCAAUGAACGCCUAGCGGAAAUAGGAAAUCAGAUAGCUGCCGCUGAAUUUCCUCCAGAUAUUGUUGGAUUGCAAGAGUGCUGGACGCAACAGGACUACAAUGCCAUUCGUGAAAGAACGAAACACAUUCUUCCCUACGGAAAGUUCUAUCAUAGUGGAAUUUUCGGUGGCGGCCUAGUCAUUCUCUCACGAUGGCCAAUCGAGGAAAGCAGCAUGUGGAGAUAUCCACUGAAUGGACGUCCCGCAGCGUUUUAUCGUGGAGACUGGUUUGUCGGCAAAGGUGUUGCUUGUGCAAGAAUUAGAAUGGGCCCGACACGGAGAGAUAUUGCAGAAGUGUUCUGCACUCACUUACACGCCCCCUAUGAAUCGGAGCCACAUGAUUCAUACAUUUGUCACCGCACAGCACAAGCUUGGGAAAUAACGAAGCUCAUGCGAGGUGCUGCCGAAAGAGGUCAUCUUGUCAUUGGCCUAGGCGACUUUAAUAUGAUACCGCUGUCCUUAGCACAUCGAAUUAUCGAAACACAUUCACCUGUUCGCGAUGUCUGGCGCAUAAUUCAUCCCGAUUCAUCCAUUGGAGCUGCAAAAGACAAAGUCGAAAAGCUCAGAGGCUUGCCCAUGCCUAACGCAGAGUUCAAUCUCACCGUGAAUGGUGCUACCUGCGAUAGUGCGUUCAACUCAUGGCGUUGGAACCAUGCUCACCAAAAGCGACUUGCCAAAGGGGAAAACGUGGUUAUAGAGCCGACUGUCGAUGAUCCUCAUGCAAAGAGGCUCGACUACAUCUUCUUCAGCAGCGGAUCUCAUCAUGACGCAGCAACUGGAGAGAACACGGCGGAAUGGAGCCUAAAGGAUGCAAGUGUGGGAAUGACUAUGAGGCACCCAACUCUCCACUGCUCACUGAGCGACCAUUUCUCCGUUGAGGCUACUCUAGUAAGAAGUACAGCAUCGGCAUCAUCUGUGGAACAUAGUCCUUGGGCCCUGCCAGAGAAGUAUUUGGAACUCAAUACAUAUGAUGAGAUCCUAGCGACUAUCACCAAAUACACAGCGCGUGAACGGACGCAGCGACGACUACGAAUGGGGCACUUUGGCUAUCAGCUUUGCCUAAGCAUUGGAUGUCUGAUCGGCGUCUGGUGGGCACCCCACAACUACGUUGCUUUCAUUUUGAUGCUGAUCAGUACAUUCGGAUUGAGUCUUGGUGUCUUAGAAGGACUGAUGGGUGGUUUGUUCGUUGGAAGUGAGUUGAGAGCGUUGCGAGAGUUUGAGUGGGAAGUGAAGAACACGCGAGCCAGAGCAGCAACAAAACAACAGGAGUAACGAUAUAAUUAAUUAGCAAGGAUUCACGUUACAAUCACUAAUAUUUUC